AUGAUGAAAAUAACAAUUUUCGUUGCCCUCUUCGCGACAGCUUCAGCUCAAUUGGCCGCGUGGCCAGCCUCUUCCUACUCUCCGUUUUUCGAGAGUCUCUUCGCAGCUGCCCGAACGCCGGUCAACGCGAUCCCGGCUAGGGAUUCAGCUCUCCCAGCUCCGCCACAGGCGCCAAUUGCUCAACCAUACUUGGUCCCUCCACCACCGCCAGUCUUCGCCGCCCCAGUUGCCCCGGUAUUGGCCGCGCCACGACCCAUGUUUGCCGCUCCUUUCUACGCUCCACCACCAGUUCCUAUGAUGGCCCCCGCUCCAAUGAUGGCUCGCCCGGUUUUGGCGGCUCCCGCUUUGGCACCAGCUCCCCUCUAUGCGCCAUCACCCAUCUACGCGGCGCCGACUCCAUUCUUGGCCUCUCCACCACUUCCAUACGCUGCCCCGUUAUUGACGGCACCCCGCGUCGUCCCUGCUUAUGCCCCAUUCGCCCGAGCUGCCUACUAUUUUGGCUCGAAUCGGGGACGAGUU